GCGGGGCCCCUCCUUCAUUGCCUUCGUUUUCUUUCACUUGCCCCCAAACACACACACACACACACACACAUACACACACACACACACACUCGUCUCCACCUCCCCCUCCUUCUCGAAGCCUGUCUGAUCAAGAGGCAGAGAGGGAAGAUGAUGAAAAAGAAGUAAAAGAGAAGAGAGCAGGGGGGGGGGAUCUUAUUUUCUUACGAGCGGAAAAGGCGUCACAGCGGGCGCAGAGCGCAGCGCGGAGGACGGAAGAGAGGGAGUCGCAUCACGGAGCGAGAGAUAGAAAAGACGGAGGGAGGAGGCGACAGUGGGUCGUAAACACGACAGAAAACGGCGAAUAGGACGGCAGACAGCGGCGAUCACCCCCCCACCGUCAACCCCGUGUCCCUCCUCAUCUCUUCAUCUCCAUCCUUUUCUGCACCGUUUGGCUCAUCCCUUUGCGCACUCAAGCAGCUCGGUGUUUUCUAUUUUCUCCCUUUUUAUUUUCAUCUCCUCUGGACAAACCUCGACUCGGUCUUUCGUUUAAUAAACACCAGAGCCAAGAGAGGAGGCUGUGGCAUCACUACAACCGACAGGAUCCACUCUUAAGUCCAGCUCGGGACGAUCAUCGGCGCAACCGAUCCGGUAGAUAAAACCGGAGUAGCGGGGGAUAAACACUGAGAGAUGACUGUAGAGUAACGUUAACCCGGCUAAAGCAGAGAGAGAGAGAGAGAGAGAGAGGGAGGGAGAGAGACCCCGGCCCCCGGUUAUCACCGAGACUCCAGCAUCAUCAAUGCGAUGGCAUAGCGGUUUCUGCAGCAAAACCACCAGACUAGAAUCCGAUCAGCAGGGCUCUCAUCCACCAUGAACCUCUGAAAGAGAUCCGACACAGGCACAGAUGGGCAGCAUCGCAGGGGAGAGGAAGUUUGCAGCACUACACUGGCAACGACUGGUGACAUGAUCACAUUGAAAUAAUUUCUACAGUCAUGUCUUGGCUUAGAGAUACCUGGGAGUCCCUGAAUAUGCAGAAAACGGCCUCAGGAUGCCUACAGUUACACUGGUUGAGGAAAUUGUGGCAGCACAGGGUGAUCUUGCUGUGCAUGGUAGGCGUCAUCUCCCUCCUCAACUACUUCGAGGCCCUCCGCUACGUCUCCCUGCUGCGUGAGCUCUCUUCCCCCUACCCAAACAUUAAGUCCUUCAUCAUUGCCUCUGGCUUCCUCUUGAGGGAGAGAGGUGUCGCUGCCAUACCGCACAGCCCCACCUCCGUGGCGGGUCCUGUGGGAGGAGGAGGAGGGAUGACUCUGGGGAUUGGGGGGGUCGUGGUUGAAGGUGCUGGAACUGCUGGCAGCGGAGGGCUAGAUAUUAGAUUGAGGGAGGAGUCAGCACCCACUCACCCUUGGGCUAAACCAGAGGGAAAUCAGCAGGGAGACACAGUGAAUGAGAAAAGAGCAGAAGACCACUUGAAGCCACAGAACCCGAGCCACCCAGCCCAACCUGCUGGGACUGACCUCCCAGAGGUCCCAUUGGUGGGAAAAGAGCACCAGGUGGUGUUACGCAAGGACAAAUUUCCAGAUCCCUUAAAAUCUAUGGGGGACCUCCACACCCGCACUCACCAGCUUGAAGAUGACAAAACCCCUUACUUUAUCCGAACCAAAGCUGGAGCCCUUUGUUUCAGGCAGGGGACAGAGGUAGCUCCCCCACAUGAGUACUCUGGGAAAUCCGGGGGUUCUGUGGCUAAUGGAGCUGGGGCUGCUGGGCAACAGAAACCUCUGGCAGUCCAGCAGCAGCCCUCCACAGCUCCAGAAGUCAAGUGUGUGUGCCAGCCAGGAUGGCACGGACCUUACUGUGGGGUUCCUACCACAGUGUACCACUCCAAACUGCCUACCAAGGAGUGGCUGACGCCCAGAAAGACCCCACGGAGGGUCAUCAAUGCCAUCAACAUAAACCAUGAGUUUGACCUGCUGCAAAUACGCUUUCGUGAGCUCGCCCCAGCCGUUGAUCUGUUCCUGGUUUGUGAAUCCAACUUUACUGCCUAUGGAGAGACACGCCCUCUGACUUUCCUGCGGCUCCUCCUCAAUGGUACAUACGACUACAUACGUCACAAAAUCCUGUACGUGUUCCUCGACCACUUCCCAGAAGGUGGUCGGCAGAAUGGCUGGAUCACUGAUGACUACUUGCGUACCUUCCUGACACGCAAUGGGAUGUCCAGGGUUGUAGGUGCAAGGUCAGACGACGUCUUCGUCAUCAAUGACGCAGAUGAAAUCCCGGCAUAUGAAGGCCUCCUUUUCCUUAAGCUUUUUGAUGGCUGGACAGAGCCUGUGGCCAUCCACAUGCGCAAGUCACUGUAUGGAUUUUUCUGGAAGCAGUUUGGCUCUCUAGAGGUGAUGUCAGCCUGCACAUUGGGGAUGCUCCGCGAUGUCUAUGAUGGCGAUGGUAUCAAGCUCCGUCGUCGCCAAUACUACACCAUGCCGGGUUUCCGUAAGUAUGAGAAGGCGACAGGCCGCGUCCUGGUGCAGUGGUCAGUGGGCAGCCCCAUUCACUUCGCUGGGUGGCACUGCUCCUGGUGCUUCACGCCCGAGGGGAUCUACUUCAAGCUGGUGUCAGCGCAGAACGGAGACUUCCCGCGGUGGGGCGACUAUGAGGACAAGCAUGACCUCAACUACAUCCGCAAUCUGAUCAGGACCGGGGGCUGGUUUGAUGACUCUCUGCAGAAAUAUCCCCCUGUAGACCCCAAAGAACACAUGUAUGCCCCCAAAUACAUGCUAGAGCACUAUGACAGGUACCGCUACCUCCUGGAGAACCCUUACAACAAAGCCUCCAGACUGAGUGAGGGCUAGGAGUUCAGCUAGGACAAAAAUAAGUAAAUAACUAGCAGUAGUUUUGGGGGAUGGAACAGUACUGAUGAACGUUUUAUUGGAGUGAUGCCGCAUUUAUCUACACUAUACAGCACCAAAAUACAUUAUUUUGGGCUGAAAAAGGGAAUAUUGAAUCACAUCCACCAUGAAUUUACAGAUCAUUGAAAGGAUACAACCGCUGGAUUCCUCCCUUUUUGGGGGAAGCCAAGCUAUCUGUCUUUUUGUCACCCCAGCCCUGUCCUCCUUUUCUUCACUAGGUUGCUUCGAAGUUAAGAGAGGGAAAUUUUGUCCCUGUGUGAAAUCUGUGGAGACAAACUUGGAAGUGAAGGAUUGUGCUUUGUUUCUACUUGUUUACUAAAGUUUACGGACUGAUGUUUCACCCUCCUCCGUCAGAUGUCUUCCUGUCAUAUUUGGUGAAAAACACACAUUCAGAUAUUAGGUUAUUCUUGGGUCCCUAUUUAAAUCCCGCUGGAGUAUAAUAACUGGAUGUGAAUAUUUCAGCUCAUUCAUGUACUCACUCUCAUCUGCAUGCCAGCUCUGUUUUUAUGCAGGUUCUCACUGCACAAGCAUUGAUAUAAAAAUAAAUAAAUAGGCAGCAACCGAACAAACACUUUAAAAGGGGAUAUAUUGCUAAUAAACACAGGAAUUAUAUCCUAUGGAUAUACAGGUACAUACAAAAUGUUUGUCAAUGUUAUCAGGAUCCAAGUCUGAGCUUGUUAGAUUCAAUUGAUAUGCUCAAGAAACGUUUAGCAUUUAUUUACAUAGGUCAAAUUUAUGUAUCAGCCUGAAGGUGAAUCUCUCGUGAGAAGCAACUCUGGUUAUAAGUGUGGUGACUGUAGAUACAACAAAUUUACCCCCAGGGAUUAAUAAAGUAUUUCUGAUUCUGA